AUGGCUGCCUCUGUCUACAUGAUCCUCGGCCGCAUUAUCGUCCUUGCCGAGGGCGAGACCUACUCCCCCAACCGCCCCCUCUGGCUCACCAAGAUCUUUGUCGUCGGCGACGUCCUCUCCCUCCUGGCGCAGGCCCAGGGCGCGGCCUCAUCGCCGAAGCCGACCUCAGAGUGA